GAAAUGUAAACAAAAAAAAAAUAUAAAAAGUGUAAACAAAGAGACCAAGACCAGGACCAAAAUCAGGAAGUGGGAGCGGGCGGUGAAUUAUUAUUAUUAUCACGAUGAUGCUGGCGGGGGUGAGAACCGUGGGCGGGAAGGCGGUGAUGGUGGUGGGUGGCGGUGGUGGUGGCUACCCAGUGGCUCGCUCCCACAGUGUCAUCCGAAAGGUGCUGCUGCAGGAAGGCAAAAAGAAGAGCAAAAGGAAAUGGCACACACAUGAAGCCAUUCCGAAGCCGGGUGAUGCAGUGGCUUCAGUGGUGUCGGGAGGGGGAGGGGGAGAGGGCGGCAAGAUGAAGAGGGUGCCCAAGAACGAGCCUCGUCUCCGCGCGCUCAACAAAGUCUACCUCAACAAGAUAUCGGAAAUCCUCUCGAUGGGGGACUUUGCUAAUGACUUGUAUGGCCGAGGACUGGAGCUGUCGGAGGUCCGCAUUCACCCUGACCUGAGGGGUGUCAACGUGUACUGGAUGGCCAGCGGGGAGCCUCAGCAGGACAGGGAGAUGGACGAGCUUCUCAACGGACACGCCAGGGAGAUACGCCACCAGAUAAGCUCCCUAAGGCUGCUCGGACACUCCCCGCCCAUUAGAUUUUUCAGGGAUGACCGCCACCACAAGCUGCAGGAGGUGGAGCGGUUGCUUGCCUUGGCGGACUAUGGUGAUGACUUUGAGCCAACCGACCCCUCUCAUCACCUCCGAGCCUCUGUCAUCACCACCACCACCACCACCCCGCUCCCCCCAAAACUGAAGGCAGCGAUCGAGGACUUGGACAGACAGACAGACACAGACAAGAGAGAGGAGGAAGAGGAAGAGGAGGAGAAGUUGGACCAUUUUGAAGAUGCUCUGAUGAUCGCAAAGACUUGGACACAGCAGGAAGAAGUAGAAAGUGUGGCUACUCCUACUACUACUACUACUACUACUGCUGAUGCUGCUACUGUCACCCUACCCAAAGAUCUUCCUAUCAUGAGAGGGGAUGUGCUUGGCGUCAAUACAAGUAAAAUAUAUAAGAUGAUCCAGCAGAACAUGAGCAGGGCAAAAGCAGACCACAGACGGCACCUAACACCACCUGACGAGGAACCAGGAAGGGACUCGAACCAUCACCUCAGCAGCCCCUCCUCUGACCAGCCCAGCAGCAGCACUUCCCACCCCCUCUACACCACCGGCAGGAGCAAGGACAUCCAGCAGUGGGCCAGCAGAUAUAAGCAGAUGCAGCAGAAGGAGAAGAGGAGUAAGAACAGAGAGGUGGAGAUGUUGUCCGCUCUUCCAAGCCGGCAAGGAUAUGAAGAAGAGGAGGAGGAAGAGGAGGUGGGAGAGGUACAUUGGGUGGAGGAGGAGGUGGAGGAGGAGGAGGUGUUUAAAUAGAGAAAAGGCUUGGAGGAAGGAGGAGAAGGAAAAGAAGAGGAAAAUGAGAAGCUUCAGUAGAUAAGAAGAGGAGGAAGAGGAGGAAGGGAAAGAAGAGGGAAAUAAAGAAGAAUUGGUGGAGGAAGAAAAGGAAGAGGAAGAAAUGGAAAAAAAAGAGAUGGUUUAGUGAAUGAUAAAUUUACUGAAGGAAGAAGGAAAAGAAGGAAAAAGAGAUGAGUUUGUUGAAAGGAGAGAAGGAUGGGGAAAGGGAGGGAGGGAUAAGGAAGGGAUGGGAAGGCCAUGGAAGGGGAGGGAAGGUAUAGGAAGAAGAAUGAAGAAGAAAAAUAGGAGUUACAGAUGAUAAAAGACUUUCUGAGGGGAGGAAAAGGAAGGAGGAAAAGAAGAAAAAGGAAAAAUAUAUAGAAGUUAUAGUUGAUAAGAAAAGGAAGGAGGACGAGGAGAAGAGGGAAAAAAAGGGAAAAAUAUGAGAUUUAUAGUUGAUGAAAAAAGAAAGGAGGAAAAAAAGAAGGAAAAGGUAUGAGAAGUUUCAGUUGAUAAGUUUGCUGAAGGAGGAAGAAGAAGAGGAGGAAGAGGAAGAAGAAGAUAAGGAGGAGGAAGAAGAAGAUAAGGAGGAGGAGGAGGAAGAGGAGAUAAUGAGGAAGAUUAGAAAGGCAAAGAUAUUGAUGUGCAAGAAUUUUUAUUUUAUUUUAUUUAUUUUUUUUUUUUUUUACAUCUAAGGAGACAGUUCAAGGGUGUGAAGAAAAAUAUAUAAAAAAGCCUGCUACUCACUGCUCCUGAAUGGAAUAGAGAGAAAAUAGGAUAUGAAAAUAUUUACGAAUAUACUUUUCUAGGAGGAGAAAUAUUACAAUAACACAAGAAAAGAAAGAGGAAGAGGAGGAGGAGGAGGCAGAAAUUGUGUUGCUGUAGUAAUGCUGGAUUGCUACAUCUGAUUAUAACCUGUAAAUAUAUAUAAAAAGUUAAAUCAGUUGAA